AUGCAGACGCCUUCGCCCAUCACGCCUGACUUCUCCUACGAGCCCGGCAUGGACUCGCCUGUCUUCGCGCAAAAUGGCUUCUUCGUCGACCAGAAGUUCGGCGUCCCCAUGCAUCAAUCAUCCGGCCCUCUUCCUUACCACACCAACCCUGCCCAGGCUGGCUACUUCAGGCCCGACCACAUGUCUGAACACCCUGAUCAAGCGGCGAUGAACGCCCGCCCCAAGAAGAACAGCUACCCGUGCCCAAUGGCCAAGCAGUUCGGCUGCAACGACUUCUUCACCACCUCUGGCCACGCCGCCCGUCACGCCAAGAAGCACACUGGCAAGAAGGACGCCUUCUGCCCCGAGUGCAACAAGGCCUUCACCCGCAAAGACAACAUGGAGCAGCAUCGCCGCACCCACCAAAGCGGCCGCAAUGCCGCCAAGGGCGGUGAGCGCGACGUCAAGAAGGCCAAACACCAGGCAAAGCGUCCCAAGCCAGCCCCGCUCCAGUCUUCGACGAUGCCUUCUUUGUCGCAGCUUUCCAUGGUAGACCCGUCGCUUCCCCUCAGCCCGUCCGGAUUCUCCAUGGCCCCCGCUGUUCAGUCCACCGACUCGUUCCUCGAGUUCCCCAACAGCUCUCGGUACCCCGAUCCGACUGCUUACAGCUACAACCCCGCUCCCGCCCAAUACGGUGGUCUUGACGCACUCGCCAUCGCAGCGAGUGGUGAGAAGCGCAAGUUUGAGUCAUAG